AUGGAUAUGAUUAGAGAAGAUGUUAUUUUUCUAAUUGAGAUGUACCAGGAGAAAAACUUAUUGUGGAACCCUAAAAAUCCGCAUUAUCACAAUAAGAAGCUCAAAGACGAUGCUUGGAAGGAAAUCGCAAACAUGCUCCAAAAAACUAUGAGCGAAGUAAAACAAAAGAUGGCGAGUCUUUUGGGGUCCUACAGAAGGGAAAGGAAAAAAGUUAAAGAUUCGCUCGGCACCGGCAGAGGUUUGGAGGAAAUUUAUAAAUCUGAUUGGUUUGGAUACCCUUAUUUUUACUUUUUGCACGAACGAGAUGCUCCGAAGGGCUCUAUCAAUACAGUUGAAGUACAACAGAGUAACAGAGUAAUGACUAGAUAUCAAUUCGUUCAUCAUUUAUCCAAAUGUACAACUUUAUAA